GGAUAAGGUUAUUUUUUUCUAGACUACUAUUUGGUUGGUUUGUGAUGAAAAGUAAAUGAAUUUGAAUAUUUAACCUAAUGUUUCUUUUGUCUGGCUUUUUUUUUUUUUUUUACCACUUUAAGGUCCUUUUGGAGGGGGCGCUGAUAAACUAGCAUUUACAGUAUUUAAAAACAACAGCCCAAAAUCUAUUGGUCCUUCAAACGGUGACGUACUUGUCGAGGAACUGGCCGAGUGUUUUGUGAUGUUUGUGUAAACACUAUUGAUGCGCGCUCGGAUCACCGGAUCGCACGCGAGACUCUCCGCCAAACGAGCAGCACCUAAAUCACGAAUUCAACAGAUUUAUUCGCCACAUAAGCGACUAGAAUGUCCGCGUCGGGCGACAUCCACGCGCAGCUGGCGUCGAUCCUCGAGCGCUUCGCCCAAUGCGCGCUGCUGGAGAUGAGUCGCGCGGUGGAGCAGGAGAUGACGCGCCGCCAGAUGGAGGUCGAGACCCUGCUGGUGAAGCUCCAGUUCACCGAGAGCGAGCUGCGAUCAGCGCGACAGAGCCAAGCGAACCUGCGCUCCGUGGGAAUACAAGUGCACAGCAGCGGACAGAGAGAAGUGAACCUCAACCUUGUAAAGUCCAAUGAAAAUCAUGAUGGAGGAACACAGACAGAGACGCACACAGACGAUUCUUCAGCACAGACAUUUGCACUAACUGAAGAUGGAAUCAAAUCCAUUCAGAUCAAAGAAGAGCACAUGGAGGACAAACAGUGGGACAGCGGACCGAUUUCUCCUGCUCUUUGCCCGUUUGGUCCAGAGGUGGAGGACCAGGACAGGUUCAGUGCAGGAACAACAGAACCAGCUAGAGAGGGAGGCAGUGAUUUCAUCCUGGAGAGUAAAACGAACCCAAGUGGAUUGUGGAAUUCACUCGUUUCUGAGGAAUAUCCCAUGAACGCCGAAACCCAGGCUUUGGACGUGUCUCCUCUGGAAUCAGGCGAGCGAUACGAGAACCGUCGGCUGGAUCCGAGCGCACAGCAUCACAUGGAGGACGCGUACAGACCGGAGGAGAUCCCCCUACGUGUGAAUCCUUCAGCGGCGGAGAGGAGCUCUCGCUGUCCUCAGUGCGGAAAGACCUUCACCACACGCUUCUACCUGAAGAUCCACCAGCGCAUCCACACCGGAGAGAGACCCUACACCUGUCCACAGUGCGGCAAGGGCUUCUACUGUAACUCACACCUGAUCUCACACCAGCGCUCGCACACCGGAGAGAAACCCUACAGCUGCGAGGAGUGCGGCAAGUCCUACUCACACUUAAACUCUCUCAAACUGCACCAGCGCAGCCACACCGAAGAAGAGGCGUAUGCAUACUGGUGACCCCGUGUGACAUUCGACACAUACUGUGUAUGAUAAAUGAUCAAAUAACAUGGCUUUGUGUAUUAUAUACUGCCUUUUUUAAGUAGCUGGUCAACUGAAUACUUUUAUAUCCUUUUUUAAUCUAUUUGUGAAACAUUGUCUGAUACAGAAAAUGCAUUACCUUUAUAUUUAAACUAGUGCUGUCAAACGAUUAAUCGCGAUUAAUUGCAUCCGAAAAAAGUUUUGUUUACAUUUUAUGUGUA